AUGGACAACAGGGAGCUUCAGACAGAACACUGUCUCAGCUCAAGCUCCUCCAUGGACUCUGAGUACCAAUCAGAUCUCUGCUUCCCAGAGCUAGGCAACAUCUCCUGCAGGAAGCACACGUCUGACGGGUCUCCGGGUUUUCUUUUCAGAUUCUUCCUGUCCGUGGCCUGCGUCCUCAGUGUGCUGCUCAACCUGCUCGUCAUCAUCUCAAUCUCCCACUUCAGGCAGCUCUACACCCCCACCAACCUCCUCCUCCUCUCCCUCGCCAUCUCUGACGUCCUGGUGGGCUUGGCGGGGAUGCCACUUAUUAUCAUCGUGAGCACAUCCUGCUGGUUUUUUGGUCACAUGGCAUGUAGUCUGUGGAAUUACCUGAUUUUCAUUUGUCAGUCUGCCUCAGUAGGAAACAUGGUGCUGAUAUCAGCCGACCGUUUCCUGGGUAUUUGCUAUCCUCUGCAUUAUACUGUCCAGGUCACUGUGAAAAAAAUUCAACUCUGUGUUUGUCUCUGUUGGACAGCUUCCGUUAUCCACUGCGGUAUCAUUUUGAAGGACAAUUUUGUUCAUGCCGAAAUGUAUACCGCUUGCCUUGGAGAAUGCGUGAUCGGUUUCGAUUUUAUCGGAGGCAUUCUGGACAUCAUUGUCAACUUCUUGCUUCCUCUAAGCAUUAUUGUCACGCUGAACAUGAGAGUGUUUACGGUUGUUGUAUAUCAGGUGAGAGCCGCGCGUUCUCACAUUAAAUGUGUUCAGUUAAAACAUUCUGCCCCAUUCAGAGCAAAGAAAUCGGAGCUGAAGGCUGCCAAAACCCUGGGUGUUCUCGUUCUGGUCUUUCUGCUGUGUUUCUGUCCAUUCUACAUCGUCGUUCUGCUGUCUUAUAAUGUCAAUGUGAAUUCAGUUUUGAAGUAUUUCUAUUAUUUGUAUAAUUUGAACUCAUUUUUGAACCCCUGGAUAUAUGUCGCCUUCUACCCAUGGUUUAGAAGAGCUAUGAAGCACAUUGUCACUUUGCACAUAUUGCAGCCUGGCUCCUGUGACACCGACAUAUUGAAAACUAAACGUGCUCACAUUUGA